GCGACAGUGUACAGCGGACGUGGUCGCAUCUGCAGCCACAUUUUCAUUCACGCUGAUGAAAAGGUGAAAACGAAAUGGAAAGGAGUUCCUUCUUUUCAGCACUAUGCUGAGAUCUCGGGCAGCCUUAUCACCAUGCUGGAACUGGGCUCCUCUUCAGUCAGCUCUCAGUCUCUGACAGGGGACCACAAUGCUUUGGGGCUACCUCAAGUUCCAGGAGGGACAGAGUGUCCGGUGGGUAGUUUGGGUGUGGGUAUGGGGGCGAUGUGUGGUAGCAGCACCCCCAGGCACCACACCCUCCACCCAUCGCCGGUGGACUGUGAGACAUGGCAGAAGCACCGUGCAGGACUGGCUGGAGGGUCGAGCCUGCACUCCCAGUCACACUUCCUCUUGGAGCCCGAAAGUCUCUCAGCCAGUUAUGACACCCUCUACUUACCACAGAUGUCGUCCCAUACACCCCCUCCUCACCCAAACCGCAUUGGCCUCACUCUUGAUGUAGCCUCGACUUUUGACCUUGGUGUUGGAACGCUGGGAGUGGAAGGAGAUUCAGCAGUAAGUCCUAAUGUGAUUAAGAGACGACGGGGAGGACUGAUUGAGCAGCGGGACAUUGUCAAAGCUCACCAAGCUCACAAGAUACAGAGCACACCUCAAGCACGACGCAAGGAGUGGGAAAUGGCCCGUUUCGGAGACGACGUCCCGGGCUUGUUGAGUUCAGGGGAAGGAGGGUCAGAGCGUAACCGGAACCGCGAUGGAGCGGCUGUGUCUACAGGUGGCAUCUCCCCAGCCUUCAAGCAAACCAAAGCGCAGCGUGCCCGCACCAUGGCACUGUACAACCCCAUUCCGGUCAGGGAGAACUGCUUCACAGUCAACAGGUCGCUCUUCAUCUUUGGCGAGGACAACGUGGUCAGGAAGUACGCCAAGAAAAUCAUUGAGUGGCCUCCUUUUGAGUACAUGAUUCUUGCUACGAUCAUCGCCAACUGUAUUGUCUUGGCCCUGGAGCAGCAUCUUCCCGGAGAGGACAAAACUCCAAUGUCCAAGAGAUUGGAAAAGACAGAGCCCUACUUCAUUGGGAUGUUCUGUUUUGAGGCAGGAAUAAAGAUAAUCGCCCUGGGCUUUGUAUUUCAUAAAGGUUCCUACCUCAGGAAUGGAUGGAAUGUCAUGGAUUUCAUUGUCGUCCUCAGUGGGAUUCUGGCAGCUGCAGGGGCGCAUAUGAAUAUCUCAGUGGACUUGAGGACUCUGAGGGCAGUGCGAGUCCUCCGGCCCCUAAAGCUUGUCUCAGGCAUUCCCAGUCUGCAGAUAGUCCUGAAGUCUAUAAUGAAGGCCAUGGUUCCUCUGCUGCAGAUUGGCUUGUUGCUGUUUUUUGCAAUCCUCAUGUUUGCCAUCAUCGGUCUGGAGUUUUACAGUGGCAAACUACACCACACCUGCACACCACAGCCAGGAAUACUGGAAAACGAGACAGUGGACUCAUCUGAGUUUGAGUUUCCAUGUGGUGUACGUCAGUGUCCCACCAAAUACACAUGCAAUGAUACCUGGAUUGGUCCAAAUGAUGGCAUCACCCAGUUUGACAACAUCCUGUUUGCUGUUCUCACCGUCUUCCAGUGCAUCACCAUGGAGGGAUGGACCGCUGUACUCUACAAUACCGAUGAUGCCUUGGGCCCCAGCUGGAACUGGCUCUACUUCAUCCCUCUAAUCAUCAUCGGCUCCUUCUUUGUCCUCAACCUGGUUCUGGGUGUCCUUUCUGGGGAAUUUGCCAAGGAGAGAGAGAGGGUGGAAAACCGCAGGGCCUUCAUGAAGCUGAGGCGCCAACAGCAGAUUGAGAGGGAGCUCAACGGCUACCGGGCCUGGAUCGACAGAGCAGAGGAAGUGAUGCUGGCCGAGGAGAAUAAGAAUCCAGGACCUUCUGCCCUUGAUGCUCUCAGGAGGCUCCCAGAGUGGAGUACAGGUGGUGUCUAUGUGUUGAAGCGAGCCACCACCAUCAAGAGGAGGGGCAUGGAGGUGGUGGGUCAAGGGCAGUCAGGGGAGGAGCAAUAUGGUGACAUCUCCUCUGUGGGAAUCCCCAUGGCAACAGCUAGUAUCAGGAGUGCUAAGCGAGGUCCAACUGCAUAUUUUCGCCGCAAGGAGCGUCUCCUGCGAAUCUCUAUCCGGCGGGUGGUGAAGACACACACCUUUUACUGGACAGUUCUUGGCCUUGUUGCUCUCAACACUCUGUGUGUCGCCAUCGUUCACCACAAUCAACCCCACUGGCUGUCCAUCUUCCUCUACUACGCAGAGUUUCUGUUUCUUGCUCUUUUCCUGACUGAGAUGUUCCUGAAGAUGUACAGCUUGGGGCCGCGCCUCUACUUCCACUCAUCCUUUAACUGCUUUGACUGUAGUGUAAUUGUUGGCAGUAUCUUUGAAGUGCUGUGGGGUUUCUUCAGGCCUGGCACCUCCUUUGGCAUCAGUGUCCUGCGUGCACUCCGUCUGCUGAGGAUCUUCAAGAUCACCAAAUAUUGGGCGUCACUGAGGAAUCUAGUCGUCUCUCUGAUGAACUCCAUGAAGUCCAUUAUCUCCCUGAUCUUCCUGCUCUUCUUAUUUAUUGUCGUCUUUGCACUCCUCGGCAUGCAACUUUUUGGUGGAAGGUUCAUCUUUGAAGAGUACACCCCGACGAACUUUGACACCUUUCCUGCCGCUAUCAUGACCGUCUUUCAGAUACUGACUGGAGAGGACUGGAACGAAGUGAUGUACAACGGCAUUCGCUCUCAAGGAGGAGUAAAGUCUGGCAUGUGGUCAUCGGUCUACUUUAUAGUUCUCACUCUUUUUGGAAACUACACUCUACUGAAUGUUUUCUUGGCCAUUGCUGUGGAUAACUUAGCCAACGCACAAGAACUUACAAAGGAUGAAGAGGAAGCCGAGGCUGCAUUCAACCAGAAGCAUGCUCUGCAGAAGGCGAAGGAGGUCGGCCCAUUGUCAUCCUUCAUGUCCUCAGAGGGAAGUCGGAGAAGGAGGCCCUACCUGUACAGGAAAAGAGCCAUUCACCGCAGCCGGCCUACUUACUCAUGCUCCCUGGAGGAGGCCCAGAGCAGUGUCAGGGAGGGCCGCCCACCCCCACCACUCAACCCCUCUAACUCUUUCAUGUCCAGGAGAGAAAGGAGAAAGAGGAUGACCAUGUCAGUGUGGGAGCAGAGGACAAGCCAGCUGCGGAGACACCGCCAGAUGUCCAGCCGAGAGAUCCUGUUCAGCAGUCCCAGUGAGGAAAAGGAUGGACCCCCUGCCUCGGCCCAAGGCCAGCACGGACGUCCGCUCUCACUGCACCGAAAGGUCAUGCAGCACGCGCCAUCGGGAAGUUUGAGACGUCUCAAUGACCCAUUGACCUCCCCAACCAAGAACCAGGCCUCGGUUUCCUCAAUGUGUGUGGAUAUGCCUCUGGAUGCUGCUCUCUCUGACGACAUACCUGAACCCCCAAUGUCAGUGCUGGUGCCAGACUCACUGGCCUCCACUAAUGUGCCCCUCACUGACUCUGUGGCCAUGACUAUGCCAGAGCCUCCUGAAUCAGAUCCCAUGACCCAGAGUGGAAAACUCAGUGUUCAUCAGAGUAACAGAACAAACAGUGAGCGCCGCAGUCCCAGGCUGAAUGGUGAACAUCAGCACCGGCCCGUAAAGAAGUUCAGACCUCCAGAUAACAUUGAUACACUGACGCCAGAAAUUGGAGGUCAUGGUGCCUUCAGAAACAGGAGGGCGCUGCAUCACCAUGACCAUCAGAGGGAGACCAGAAGUCAGGGGUCUUCUCCUGCAAAUGGGAGCAGUUCAGCCAGUGGGGAGAGGAAGAGAAACCCUGCCACAGAAGAAGAGAAGAAAGCAGAGCAUGAAAACAAAGAAGAAGAGGCGGUGAUGCAUGAAGAGAGCAGACAGCCUGAUCAGGACACAGGAGAAGAGAAUAACGCUGCAGAGGAGCAGAGCCACACUGCUGACCCAUGUACUCAGAAGCAUGAAGAACCUCCUCAUCAGUCUGAGCCAUCGGUCCCCGUCAUCAUAGAGGACGACAAAGAAGAGAAGGAUCAGGACCAGGAUAAGUCUAAGCUCGCCUCCAGCGUGAUUCUUGAGAUGUCCAACGUGCAGCCUUCACUCGAACUUUCUACAAUGACAGUCAACAGUAAGGACACGGAAGCCUGUAAGUCAGAGAAAGACGAGGCAGAAGAAGCUAAACCUGUCAGCAGUGUGACCCCAGACAGCAUGUUCAUCUUCAAACCUGAUAACCCGCUACGUCGAGCUUGUCACUACGUGGUUAACCUCAGAUACUUUGAAAUGUCCAUUCUGUUGGUCAUAGCUGCGAGCAGUAUUGCCCUGGCAGCUGAGGACCCAGUAGCCACCUCCUCUGACUGGAAUAAGGUUCUGCGUUAUUUUGAUUAUGUUUUUACUGGAGUCUUCACAUUUGAAAUGAUUAUAAAGAUGAUCGAUCAGGGUUUGAUCCUCCAUGAUGGCUCCUACUUCAGAGACCUGUGGAACAUCCUGGAUUUCAUCGUUGUGGUGGGAGCUCUGGUUGCCUUCGCCCUCACCAAUGUGAUGGGAAACAACAAAGGACGCGACAUUAAGACCAUCAAAUCUUUGAGGGUGCUGCGUGUCCUGAGACCAUUAAAAACAAUAAAAAGACUUCCGAAACUCAAGGCGGUAUUUGACUGCGUGGUCACGUCUCUGAAGAACGUCUUCAACAUUUUAAUUGUUUACAAGCUUUUUAUGUUCAUCUUUGCCGUCAUCGCUGUGCAGCUCUUCAAGGGGAAGUUUUUCUACUGCACCGACAGUUCAAAGGACACAGAGAAGGACUGCCAGGGCUACUACAUUGACUAUGGGAAGGAUAAGAAGGAGGUAAAAAGACGAGACUGGAAGAGACACGAGUUUCAUUACGACAACAUCAUCUGGGCUCUGCUCACUCUCUUCACCGUUUCCACCGGAGAGGGAUGGCCUCAGGUUUUGCAGCACUCUGUAGAUGUCACAGAAGAGAACAGGGGUCCAAGUCCCAGCAACAGGAUGGAAAUGUCGAUCUUCUACGUCAUCUACUUUGUCGUCUUUCCUUUCUUCUUUGUCAACAUAUUUGUGGCUCUGAUUAUCAUCACGUUCCAGGAACAGGGGGAUAAAAUGAUGGAGGAGUGCAGUCUGGAGAAAAAUGAGAGGGCUUGCAUAGAUUUUGCCAUCAGUGCCAAGCCGCUGACCAGAUACAUGCCACAGAACCGGCACACCUUCCAGUACCGCUUGUGGCAUUUUGUUGUCUCACCGUCUUUUGAGUACACAGUCCUGGCUAUGAUUGCUCUCAACACGGUUGUCCUGAUGAUGAAGUAUUACUCUGCGCCGCCAGCGUAUGAGGCCGUCCUGAAGCACCUGAACACAGCUUUCACUGUUCUCUUCUCUGUUGAGUGUGUCCUCAAGAUUAUGGCUUUUGGAUUUUUGAACUAUUUUCGAGACACGUGGAACAUCUUUGACUUCAUUACUGUCUUGGGCAGCAUCACUGAGAUUGUGGUCGACUUGCAGUCUGUCGACAGGUUCAACAUGAGUUUCUUGAAGCUGUUUCGAGCUGCUCGUCUGAUCAAACUGUUGAGACAAGGUUACACCAUCCGGAUCCUUCUGUGGACCUUUGUCCAGUCCUUCAAGGCGUUGCCCUACGUCUGCUUGCUUAUUGCCAUGCUUUUCUUCAUCUACGCCAUUAUCGGCAUGCAGGUGUUUGGGAACAUCAAGCUGAAUGAGAAGACUCACAUUAACCAGCACAACAACUUCAAAACAUUCUCCGGUGCCCUGAUGCUGCUGUUCAGGAGUGCCACGGGGGAGUCAUGGCAGGAGAUCAUGCUGUCCUGUCUGGGGGGGCAGCACUGUGAGAUGGACCCCUCUCUUAACUCUGCACUGCUGACAUCUGACCAUGAAGGGGGCUGCGGCUCCGACUUUGCCUAUUUCUACUUUGUGUCCUUCAUCUUUUUUAGCUCCUUCCUGAUGCUGAACCUGUUUGUGGCCGUGAUCAUGGAUAACUUUGAAUAUCUCACAAGAGACUCGUCCAUCCUUGGUCCACACCAUCUGGAUGAGUUUGUCCGUAUCUGGGGAGAGUAUGAUCGCGCUGCCUGUGGUCGUAUCCAUUACACUGACAUGUAUGAGAUGUUGACCAACAUGUCGCCACCUCUAGGCCUGGGCAAGAAAUGUCCCUCCAAGGUGGCAUAUAAGAGAUUAGUCCUGAUGAACAUGCCAGUGGACGACGACAUGUCGGUCCACUUCACCUCCACCCUCAUGGCCCUCAUCCGCACUGCCCUGGAGGUCAAGAUAGCGAGAGGAGAUGAAGACAGAAAUCAAAUGGAUUUGGAUCUGCAGAAAGAAAUUGGAGUCAUCUGGCCUCACCUCUCCCAAAAGACCCUGGAACUGUUGGUCCCGAUUCACAAAGCAAGUGACAUGACCAUUGGGAAGAUCUAUGCUGCCAUGAUGAUCAUGGACUACUACAAGCAAAGCAAGGCCAAGAAGCUCCGACAGCAACUGGAGGAACAGAAACAUGCACCUAUGUUCCAACGAAUGGAUGCUUCAUCUCUUCCUCAAGAAAUCCUAUGCAAUGCCAAGUCCUUGUCAUUCCUCAGGCAUAGUGCUGGUUCAGCUCUCACCAGAGGAGGUUUUGUGGCACUCAGCCCCAUCUCUCCCCAAGAGAUGUUCCUGCAGCCUCUGUCUCACUCCAGGGAGGAAAAGGAAGAUGAAGAGGAGGAAGAUGACGACUACCGUUCACCUUACCAGCCCUACCAUCACCUGCAUCACCGCCACCACCAUCGUCAUUUACACACACUGGUGCCGGAAGUUGUGGAAUAUAACCAAAUAAUGCAGAAGGCCCGGCAGGACCCAACUCUUCUGAAAUCACCUCAGCGGACGUCAUCUAUCAGAGCAUCCUCCAUGCCCAGACUGGCUGUUGACACUCAGCCUGGGAUGCCAGCAGACAAUAAGCUGAUGAAGCGCUCCUUCUCCACCAUUGGUGAUCAGUGUGUCAACGGCCUCUGGCAGGAACAGCACUCUCUGGAGAGAGUCAGUCCCGACAGCACAUACAGACCCCGGCAGAGGAGCUAUAGAGGCCCAAGAAUCAACCACAGGGAUACUAGUAGCCAUGAGAGAGGGAGAUCAAAAGAAAGACGCCAUCUUCUGUCCCCUGAUGUGUCCCGCUGCAACUCUGAGGAACGAAGCCGGGACCCCUCAUAUGAGAGGAGACGAUCCCGCUCACCCAGUGAAGGACCCGCGCAUAGCCAGCAGAAACAGAUGAACACAUCAGGAAGCCCAGCAAACUCAACCUCUGAGUCCGGUACCCCUCGCAAUCGGCGCCAGCUGCCUCAGACACCCUCUCGUCCGCGGCCUUACAUCUCUUACUCUCCUCUCAUUUGCCGAGCCCAAACCUCUCCGACAGGGGAGGCCACCUCUGAGGAGCAAGCGCAGCCUCAGGAUGUUACUGCUGGCUCCACUGAGCCCUCAUGGAAGGUUGGGAAAGAAAGCGGACCCCUGUCUGCAAAUCAAGGGUCAUCAGGUGUUCAAAGUUCAGGACCGAGCCACCCAUCCCCCCAUCGGUAUAUAUCGGAGCCCUACCUCCCAUUCCACAAGGACGUCACCAGUGGCGAAGCAGGUGAUAAGCAGGAGACCCUUACCUUUGAGUCUGCCAUUGCCACUAGCCUGGGACGGGCCAACGCCAUAAGCUCCGCCCCUCAGCUCAGACACUCCUGGCAGGUUCCGAACGGCCAUUUUCGGAAGCACAUGGGCCAGUCAAGUCCAGCUGGUGCCAGCGAGCUGCUAAGUGACACAGACGAAGACGACCGUUGCUAAAAUAUCGAGGCGGAUGAAACGGAUGCACGGAGCAGUCGGGCAUCUCGGAGUGGCUGAUGUGUAACCACAUAGCUUCUCUGUGACUUCGAGAACAUGGCGUUCUCAGCACCAGUAGCAUUACAGGCAGUACUGAGUUUGAUUGUUAUUUAUCUGGAGAGUGUCGUCCGUCUGCACGUGCGUGUCCUUUGUAUGUGUUUAUUUUAGCCAGACAAAGACUGCGUGUGUGGAUGUGAAUGUGUGUUUUCAUGUGUAUGCUCUUCACGGAGAAAACGUGCCAAAUCAACAGAACAGCAGAGACUGAUUUCACCAUAAGUAGCUCACUGCGGGCAACACCACGCGUUGCCAAGCCUUCCCACACAAGUUAUUGUUUUGAUUGUUAUAUUUGAACAAAUCGUGGUGAGAUGUCAAUUUCAGAUGUCCAAACCUUCUAGAUGAAUCCUGAAAAUGGAUUUAAGUGCAUUUGUGCAAGUGAACAUAGAAGUAGCACGUAAACAUGUAAUAAGAUGAAUGUAUUUUAGUUUUCUGGUCAGGUGAUUUGAGAUGGUCGCUGUUGGUCUUUUCUGUGCAUUGUUGUAAGAGUAGAUUUGAAGCAGAGAUGAAUUAAACCCAAUUAUGCCAGUUUAUGGCAAGCAGCCAUUACCAACAGUUCCUGUUUACAGCAAGACUAUCCACGAGAUUCAUGGGCAUUAAACAGUCACUGAUCAAUAAGUAAUCCAAGUUUCAGACCUUUAAGUGAGUUAAAUGUGUAGUGAUGGUUGGGUUUUUUUCUGCCAUAAUGUGAAAACAGUGAUAGUGUAAAAUCAUCUGGAGCACAGAUGUACGUGAAAAAGAUGCUGUGGAUCAUGAACAGAUCACACAAUAAGAGAUGUUUAAUCUCAGGACCGUUGAGUUUGUAAUUUUUAUUUUUUUUCCUGACACCUGAAAGUGUUUCCAUGUGGAUGGAGAUGAGAUGGACUUUACGUGUCUGGUAACUCUACAAUUCAGAAAACAUCCCAGGAACAUGAGCGCACCGUCACCUUGGUCUCAACCACUGGAGACUUCAGACAGGCCCUGCGGUCUGCAUCUGCUCUGUUCAUGGACUACUGCAGCGGAGGCCUGAGGACCGACCAUUCGUAUGGCCUGGAUGAUGUUGGUAUUUGAAGCCAAAUAGAUGUUCAUUUUUCACAUUUCUGUGCUGAAUAACUGCAGUUGAUGUUGUGUCUGAAAGGUGAUGAAAGCAAUUCUCUUCCUGUAUAUAGAGCUGGGGGUGUGUCCUCUUCUUGCCUCCUUUCAUAUGAAGACAAAACUGGUGAGAAUUGUCUGUCCUCUGUACAUGUGAUGCAACAUGAUACUUGAUAACAAAAAUGGAAUCACAGGCGCUAUUUGGUUUGUCCAUUAUCUGCCGCAUUGUUCCAGGUCACAUAUGUUUUUGUCUGUAAAAACAAGCCUUGGGUAAUUUCUGUGCAUCGGUUUAUAGUAAUUUUCACAUGCAUGAUCAUGGUGACUGUGAUAAUGACAGAUGAGUAAGAGAGUCCUGUUUAUUAUUGUCCAUGACGCUUAUUUGGGUUAAUUUAGCGCCAAAAAAACAAUAAUAAUAGGAAAAUUAAACAAAAGUUUGUUUCUUAUUUAAACGCCAUUCACUGUCUAAAUCCAUGAACAUUUAAAAUCUUAAGAGAGUUUGUUGUUCCCUCUAAAUAGAACUUAUAUUUAUAUCAUGUGCUGUUGUAUUGUUGAAUAAAAUGUUGAAUUUGAAAUGUGAAGAUAGAGCAUAUCUAGACAGGUAAGAAGAGGUCACACUGGAGUCCCAUACAGAAAGUGCCGCACAGAAAAAGAAUAUCUUCUUGCUGACAGUCUCUCUUGGAAGUUUGUUAAGACCUCAUACAGGUCAGGCUAAGGUUUCAGCGUGUAGAAUAUAGGACUUAACAUGCUUAAAAUGUACUUUGCAGUCUGGGUCUUAACUUUGAUGUCCGUCUAAACAGAACAGCCUAAUCUGUGCCUGGGGAAAUUCAAGCAAAGAGUUCCUUAUCAAGCCAGGAUUUCAUAGAGAAGUUUUGCGGUAAAUAUGUAGGAUAAACUGUAAAAAUAAAUUCAUGUUUAAUUUA